CCUGGGCGCGCGAGCCAGGCAGUGAGUGCGCGGCGCUCGGAGCGGGCGGCCGGGACCCCCGGGGGCGGGGGGAGCCAGACCUGGGUGGGGGAGGGAUGAGUGGCACCGUGGGGACAGACCUGGUGUGAGGUGGAACAGACCACUCUGUGGCCUGGCCUGUGGCCUUUGGAAGGAUCUCAGCAUCUCUGUGGAAAACAGGGCCCUUUCAUCAAGGAAGCCACAAUAAGUAAAGCCGAACGAAGAAAGGCUGCCUUGGUGAAAGGUGGUCUUUGCAGAGGGACAGAGCCUCGUUCUUUGGCUUCUGCCUGCUGGCCUCCUCCCCGCUGCUCUCUCGUUGCUGUGUCUGAGGCUCUCUGCCAUCUCCAGAGUUCUGAAGGACACGGUUUGCAAGCUGCACGUUGAAUCUUCCAAGGAGGCCGUGUAGGUGGAAAUCAUCUUGAGUAACUGCUAACAGGAGUUGGAUUUAAACUGACAACUUAAAAAUAAAAGGCUCAUAUCUCCCGAACUUCUCUCCAGCCUGUUGGCCAGCCCAUUGCAGGGCUUAGGAGAAAGUCAACACACGUCCCAACCUGAAUUGGUCAGUUACUUCCAGAAGAAGAGGAAGACCUAUGACACCCCUGAAGAGUUCAUACCUAUGACAUCCCUGGAGAGUUACUUGCUGCUUCCUUCCCUCAGGCCCCACAGGCAGUGAAGGGCUGUCUGUCCAGUUCCUGUUUGCACUGGACGCCGGCGGUUCACCUCUUAUGCACUCCAGCACCCCCAUCAGCUCCCUCUUCUCCUUCACCAGCCCGGCAGUGAAGAGACUGCUAGGCUGGAAGCAAGGAGAUGAAGAGGAAAAGUGGGCGGAGAAGGCGGUAGACUCCUUAGUGAAGAAAUUAAAGAAGAAGAAAGGAGCCAUGGACGAGCUGGAAAGGGCCCUCAGCUGUCCGGGGCAGCCCAGCAAAUGUGUUACGAUUCCCCGGUCCCUGGAUGGCCGGCUGCAGGUGUCCCACCGCAAGGGGUUGCCGCAUGUUAUUUAUUGUCGAGUGUGGCGCUGGCCCGACCUCCAGUCUCACCACGAGCUGAAGCCGCUGGAGUGCUGUGAGUUCCCGUUUGGCUCCAAGCAGAAAGAGGUGUGCAUUAAUCCCUAUCACUACCGGCGGGUGGAGACUCCAGUGCUGCCUCCUGUACUUGUGCCAAGACACAGCGAAUAUAACCCCCAGCUCAGCCUGCUGGCCAAGUUCCGCAGUGCCUCCCUCCACAGUGAGCCGCUCAUGCCGCACAACGCCACCUAUCCCGACUCUUUCCAGCAGCCUCCGUGCUCUGCAUUCCCUCCCUCACCUGGGCACGUGUUCUCUCAGUCCCCGUGCACAGCCAGCUACCCUCACUCCCCGGGAAGCCCUUCCGAGCCGGAGAGUCCCUAUCAACACUCAGACUUUCGGCCAGUUUGCUACGAGGAGCCACAGCACUGGUGCUCGGUCGCCUACUAUGAACUAAACAACCGAGUUGGGGAGACAUUCCAGGCUUCCUCCCGAAGCGUGCUUAUAGAUGGAUUCACAGACCCUUCAAAUAACAGGAACAGAUUCUGUCUUGGACUUCUUUCUAAUGUCAACAGAAACUCAACAAUAGAAAAUACCAGGAGACACAUAGGAAAGGGCGUGCAUUUGUACUACGUCGGGGGAGAGGUCUACGCCGAGUGCGUGAGUGACAGCAGCAUCUUUGUACAGAGCCGGAACUGCAACUAUCAGCACGGCUUCCACCCAGCCACUGUCUGCAAGAUCCCCAGUGGCUGCAGCCUCAAGAUCUUCAACAACCAGCUCUUUGCCCAGUUGCUGGCUCAGUCAGUCCACCAUGGCUUUGAAGUCGUCUAUGAGCUCACCAAGAUGUGCACUAUCCGGAUGAGUUUUGUUAAGGGUUGGGGAGCCGAGUAUCAUCGCCAGGAUGUCACGAGCACCCCCUGCUGGAUUGAGAUUCAUCUUCACGGACCGCUGCAGUGGUUGGACAAAGUUCUGACUCAAAUGGGCUCUCCACAUAACCCGAUUUCUUCAGUGUCGUAACAGUCAGGUCUCAGUCUACAUUUCUAUAGAAUAGAUGCUAUUGCAGGCAGUGGCUUAUAUCAUUUCAGAUUUGCAACUAAUUGAAGUUUUAAGUACACGUGUAAAUACAUAUAAUAUAUACUAUUCAUAUUUUUUAUCACCAUUUGUUUUGUGCUUUCUGGUUAACCUGAUAGCCAGUGCAAUGUGAUUAGAAAAGCAGGUUUUUUUGUCCCUCGGCUAUAAAAAGCAGCUUCUUUUGUGGGAGGAAACAAACAAAAGGCAACUGUAUCAAUAGUAUUUGAAGGGCGUUGGCAGAAUAAAAGGCAGCUUUAGUCAGCCAUGUCAUUGUAUGGCAUGUUGUGUGGCCACCAGAAAAAUAUUAAAACUGUUUAUACGGCAAAAGUCAGGUACUAGCAGCACUAGAGCAAGUAACACUUUGAGACAAAACAAAGCAAUCAAACCCAUGUGAUUUAAGUGAUCUCACUUUUAGUGCUAUUCGCAAGGAAAAAACCCAAGCUUAUACAAUCAAUUAUGUAAGAUCGGACACAUAAAUUUUAUUUUAUUUCUGAAGUUGAAAUACCUAUAGCUGGACUAUUGUGCUGAUAUUAAGGGUACAUUUUAAACAAAUUUUAACUGUGAUUAGAAAAGAAAAAACUGUGAAGCUGAGAGUCCUGUUGCCUCAUAAUCUACUACUGUAAAGAAAAAAAAAUGAAUCUAAUAUGGCAAAAAAAACAUGAAAAUAGCAUGAACUGAGCUAUAUCCCCAAAUUGCAAGGUAAGACCAGAACAUAGUCCGAGAAUCAACCAGGGAGACUCCUGUUUUCCACAUAGGAAAUCAGGUUCCUGUUUCCUGGUUAUUCGUGUCGGGCAGUCCGUCAGAUGUCCACGUCUGCAUGGUGAGCUGUGAGGCCAUGUGUGGUCCUGUGUGGAGAAGCAGCAGGUAGAAUAAGAGAGUUGGACAAAAGCAUCCUCUGUGUUUACUUAUGCCUUCCCACAUUCCCACAGUAAAAGUCUCUAGGUGAGGGCCCUCCUUUUGUCAUAUUUCCUUGCCUGUUAGAAAUUUUAACUAUUUACAGAUUACUAAAACAAUGGUGAAGCCUUUGAGAAAAUCCCAUUACUGGGGUCAAAUUUAUAAGUUAUUUAACUCAGUGUCUCUGUUGAUUAAAUUAUCUACUGGUCAAAUCUAGUAGUCUCUUAUAAAGCUAAAGUCUCAUGCUUGGAAAUAACUUCCCAGGUAAAAUGAUAAUAGUUUCAUAAUUCCUGUAAUUUCUGGGGAACAGUGGUACUGAAUGACAGGACACUUAAAAAAAUACACAAUAUUAAAAACCUAUUCUUAUUUACCCUUGGGUGAUAAAGAGAGGAAAAUUCCCCAAAUUUCUAGGUACUUUCAUAUAUAUAAUUUCCACCCACUAAACACUGCAUUGCUUGGAAAAAUAUUUCACACCCUCUUAAAAAUGUAUAAUUUAAGAAGGUAAUUAUGCUUGUAACAGACGGUACUUCAGUAAUCCAAGAGGUUUCUUCAUUUAUACAUUCUGUCUCAACUCUUUCUAGCAUUAGUGCACACGGUAGUUGUUUCUCAUUAAAUUGUAUUCAAGGUAGAAAUGAUCAUGUGACAAAGAUAUAUGAGUGAGCUACUACUGUCACUGCUUGUAAUGACUAGUAUUAUCUAAUAGGAACUUUCAUAUAUACAAUAGAAAAUAAAUAUUACAUUUUACAUUAAAACUAGGUGGCCCAUUUAGUGUUAAGAAAACCCCGUAGUUUCUUGGUUCAUCAACUAUGUAUUGUGUACCUGUAUGUGCAGGUACCAUGUUAAGUACUGUGGAAUCAAGUAUAAACAAGAGACAGUCCCUCUGGGGCUGAGAGUCUAAUAGUAAAUCUGUUUGUAUGGACAUCUUCAUGUUUCAGAACUUGUAAAACAAAACACAACACACAGUUUUUGUUUUGCUUGAAAGAAAAUGUGAUUGAUAUCUUAAUUAUCUCUAUUUCAAAACUCAUUUCCCUUCUCUUCUGAGCAAUCAGGUAAUGGAUGAAGAUGUCUUUGGAUAAAUGCCACUUUUCUUCUAUGUCUCAAAGUUGGUUUUUUUCUCCCCUUGCUUCCCUGUUUUCCAAUAAUUCUCCAUCUCCCUUUUUCUUGGGAAAGGCAUUAAUAUGGUGAGUCUUCCUCAUAUGAGUAUCAUUCCAUGAGAGAGUAGCAAGUACACAUGGUUUCUGCUUCAGAGACCAAACCUGGCUUUCUUUUCUUUUCGUUUUUUUUUUUUUUGCUGGGAAAGAUUCACCCUGAGCUAACAUCUGUUGCCAGUCUUCCACUCUCUCUUUUUUUUGUUCUCUUCCCCAAAG